AUUUGCUGUCUGUUUGGUGGAGCACUGCAUCGGAGUCCACGUGUGUCUGUCUCCACGGGAUCUCCUCGAAGAAGACACACAUGCGCCUGUGACUCGGCGGCCCCUCCGUCCAGACAGCGCCGGAGAUGCCGCGGUACGAGCUGUGUGUGAUCCUGAAGGCGAUGCAGAGGCCGGAGACCGCGGCGGUGCUGCGGCGCACGGUGGAGACGCUGCUCGAGCGCGGCGCAGUGGUCAGGAGUCUGGAGAGCCUCGGCGAGCGCAGGCUGCCCUACAAGAUCUCCAAACACGACUCUCGCCACACGCACGGCGGAUACUUUUCCGUCGACUUCCACGCCUCGCCGAAGAUCGUCAGCGAGCUGCUGGAUCACCUCGAGCGGGACAUCGACGUGCUGCGCCCGACGCUCUUAAAGAAAGACCCCGAGCUCUCCCAGGCGCAGUGCUGCGGAGCACAAGCUUCCAGAUAGAUGACUGGCGUCUUCUGCUGGAUCGUGUGAAUGGACUUUUGCAACGAGACAUGCUCGUAAAUGUCAGCAUCCUUUUUAUAGUUUUGGAGGAAUGCAUUGUCUUCAGCUAAUUAUGUGACGUGUAUUUCCACAAAGAACUGUACAUAUGGCCUUUGCGGGAUCAGCAUUUUUUGGAAUAUUUCAUAUCAACAUGACAAUAAUUCAAUAAUUACAUGCUCAUUAAUAAAUAACAUAAAAAUGAA